AUGUCCGCCCACCAGAUUGAGGCCGAUGAGCCUGAACAGGUCAUUGUAAAAGCAGAUGAGGUCGAUCAGAUCGGGACCGAUAUUUCGCCUGUUCCGGAUGAAGAGCUAUUGGCGGAGGUUGUCGACAGUCUCACUCUAGAACCUUCGCCAGUGAUUGAGAAGCAAAUCCCAGCAGCCUCUACUUCAGGCAAUGCCCGGCCUACAGGGCGACCAGGCCUCGCGCGUGAUGCCGCUGCACCCCCUCCACCAAUGCAGCCACCGCCUCCUGCUCCUGGCCAGAAUGCAAUAGAGCUAGCCCCAGACUCUCUCAGCCUUGCGCAGUUGAGACGCAUAGUACAAGAUAUUCCGAAAGUUGAACAGCAAGUGUAUGCUUUUCGCUAUGCCGACACUCAACCUUUCCCAGAGGAGCUUGACGAGUGGUUUCAGUACAGUGAGCCCGAGCGAAUGAUGCUUGUCGGAUCCAAAGUCUCAUUUCACCAGCAAUGGAAAGAGUUUUGUCAUCAACACUCGCUCGAUACUAGCACUUCAUGGCUUGAUGCCGAGCAUAACACUCGAAAAUCUUUUGUCAAUCAUCUUUUAUCUGGGCUCGGUGACUCGGAUUUGUACACUCGAAUUGAAGCACUGGAAGCGGUAUGCUAUGCAAUGUGCGGUGUUUGGGGACUAACCGGAGGAAGGUCUGUAGAGGAUUACCUAGAAAACCCAACGCCUGUGGAGGAGUCAGAUAACCCUAGGACGAAAUCUCUUCAGAUCAAGUGGAUAGUUGAAAAUGUGCUUCUCAUUCACGAAUGUGACGGCAUUCCGAGACUUUACGAGUACAUGAAGUCUAUAUAUGAUAAGGAAACGAGUCCGCUCGACACCGACCCUGUUGAUCUGGAUAAUGAAAAAGAACACGCCACAUACCUUAUCGCCCGCGAACGUGAAUCUAAUCUCAUUUUGACGUGUAUGUAUUUUGUUGUCGAGGUCGCCAGAAGACAAGAAGCACUUGACAAGACGAAUGUGAAAUUACGGGAUGCCGUUUCUGCAUUACAGCCAAGUCUACUAAUCACUCUUGUCAAAGUCAUUUCUGGAUUGCGAUGGGAGGACUCUGCCGCCAUACCUUUCACUCGGAUUGCUUUGCUUUUUUGGAAAGCUAUAAUCCUUAUAUUCGGUGGCACUCAGAGUCUAGAGGAUGCAAAGAAGGAAUUGGAACCCAAGAUGGAUGUUCCCAAAGAUCCAGCUGACCGUCGCGAGCCUUUCUUAACUGCAUCUCCUUUAGACUACCAUAUCUUUCGCCAGGAAGUCACGUCGAAAUACCCAGCCUACAAUCCCCCUCCACCAGUGGUACCUCUAGAGUUGGAUCAUAACUCUAUACUCCCACCAUUUGCAAACCAUCCUAGUCGGCUAGCUUCCACGCAAGGAGUGUCUGGUCCAUCUGCAGUCGGUAGCAGCGGCUCCAUUCUUCAUCAGCCUGUGCACAUUGCCACACCAGCUCCGUCACCACCACCAUCCCCGAUAGGACCAAGUGGCAAAGCAGCGAAGAAACAAAACUAUCAAACUAAUCAACAUUUUCCCUUCAUGUACCCACCUUUAGAUGAUUCAAGCAACAAUAUCGGCGGCAAGGGUACAAGUGAGAUGCAAGACACUUUGGUGGGAAAGAAAUGGGAGGGCAGCGAUGUCCCAGCUUCAAUUAUCGAGGCUGGUAAACUCUUUUCCAGCCACGUUAAGAUGACUCGGGCAACCCGUCAAUUAUGGGAGGAACGUGAAAGGUUUAUGAAAUAUGAGCGGGGCUGGAAUGCCGACGAUACUGCAAACGAAGGAACAAAUGACGAGGAACAGUCUGACACAAGUCCGGCGCCUUCAGAAAGUCGAAGAGGCAGUGGAAAGCCAAGUCCUCCAGAAACAGAAAAUGAAGAUGUCCAGCGACGAUUGGAUGCGGUUGAGGGCUUCUAUAAGCAAGCAAUGCCACAUCUUCAAGCAAUCGUCAUCGUUCUACUGAAAGUCAUUCUGACCAAUAUCAGUUCCAUGAUAAACCAAGCAAAUGGCCAGAGCGGUCAUGGCACAAGCAUGACCAAUGGCUAUCCUUAUGGCGGGACACGAGAAGAUUUCCUAAACGAUGUUGAAGAGCUCGAUAUUAUCAGACUACGAGAAAUAACCGGAAAAGCCAUAUCUGGAGCUUUGUUGCUCUUGUUAAAGUGGUUCAAAAGAUCCCAUAUUCUAAAAUUCGAGUACAUGACACAAUUGCUUCUAGACUCGAAUUACCUUCCAUUGAUACUGAAGAUGUUUGCUCAUCAAGAUGUCGAUCAUUUGAUCGCUCAGCAAAAUGACCGCAAGGAGUAUAGUUUCUUUCAUUUCUGCCGUUUCCAUUCCGACGAUCCACCUGAAGAGGAUGCUUCUAUAGAAAACGAAUCAAUGGACGAGGAAGAAGAGGCUAUACCGCCUCCUAUCCUACGCCGUAGAGCAUCAGUGAACGGAAGUUCAUCGGUACGAGGUCCAUCGCCUGUGAAAAAUGAACAGGGGUAUUCCGAUGGUAUCGUGAGACCAGAAGUCGAUGAAUUAGGGUAUCCGACGGGACCAGUUCCUGAAGACCCAAUCACAACGUAUUCUUUCCGCAACUUCUUCUCAGUCAUCAACUAUCUACAUAUCAUGCAGAAGAUUACACGAGACAAAGCACACCGUUGCCUUCUCCUUGUGCAAUAUAGGUCCAGUACAAUCCUUCGAAAGGGUCUAAAGAUACCAGAUCCUCAUCUUCGACUUUAUACCCUAAAGUUAUUCAAAUCGCAGGUUCCAUACUGUGGUCGAAAAUGGCGGCAGACCAACAUGCGUGUCAUCACAGCUAUAUAUCUCUACUGCCGUCCUGAGCUACGAGACGAUUGGCUGGCUGGCUCAGACGUUGAUGCAGAAGUAGAAGAUGCUUUGCCUCUAGAACAGGCGCUCCGUGGUCUGACCCACUGGUGGCAUUUACGUCAAUAUAAAGACGUAUUGAACAUUGAAGACGAGGGGACUUCUCUUUUUGAGGAAGAGAGAGAUUUCUUCACCAGGGAGUUGGACGCUAUGGGUUGGGGUCUCUUUGGUGAGGAUAUGCUGAAUGACGUAGAUGAGAGAGAGUUUGGGAUGCCUACAAAUGGGACAACUGAGUGGGAUGGCGGGCCGUUACAAAUGGAGGGUUGGUGA